GACAUUCCACCGUCAUUAUGUGUCUGCGCAUGCCCCACAUUUCUCGGGGACAUCGCUGAGCUAGGUUGGUGAGGAAUCAAAAUGUCCGAUAACAACACAAUCGUCUGCGUCACUGAAGAGAGGAACGAGGAUUUGGACGACCUGUACUGGGUGACAUUCCAAGUCGUGUUCCCAUUCCUGAUCGCUCUUGGAAUCAUCUGCAAUGCCAUCAACCUCGUCGUCCUUACAAGACGUCGCAUGAUGAGCAAGAUAUAUAGAUGGUUACGUGUAACGACUGUGUCUGACAUGUUCCUAUGUUUUUUGCUAAUUCCCGUGUGCCUCGCCAACUGCGGCCAUUUCCCAAUCAAGUCCUACACUAUUGCGAUGUACUACUCAAAGUUCGCCUGGUCCAUCAGCUCAUCGUUCCAGGUGUUCAGUUUCUACCUCAUGGUCUGGUUCGCCUACAGUCGAUACGUGGCCGUUUGCUGCCACGAAGACCUUCCGAGGAGUAUGCAGUGUAAAGUGUUCCGUAAAAGAGUGAUGUUUACUUUUUUGUUCGUGUUUACGCUUCAGAUACCGACGAUGUUUUUCGGCGAAGUCUGUCAAACGCAAAACGGGGAAUGGCUCUCCAAAGACGGCUACAGGAACGUUGGGGAUCCUCUAUAUGAAGUUUAUUCCUGGUUCAGGGAAGUGUGCAACCGAAUCAUUCCUCCGGUCCUCCUCACAGCUUGCAACAUCAAAAUACUGCUGAAGCUGAGGAAUGCACGCAGCAUAACCGAGUGUUUUGCUCAAGGGAUCUCCCGCUCCAGGCGCAACAAGGAGAGGAGGCUGGUUCUGUUGCUGUUUUGGGCAUCGGCCGUGUUUUACAUCUAUCAGACGCCCGUGACUAUUUACCUCCUGCUCCUGGCUAAAGAAUGGGAAUCGGAUGAAGAGCAAAGGAAAAUCUUUAAUUUCGGAAUCGCGAGUAACAUCAUCCAAAUGAUUGGGAACAUCUCCAACUUCACCCUCUAUUUCUUGGUCAACAGUCACUUCCGGGCCACUUUUCGGCACGUGUUCUUCCGCGAUGCUGCUGAUGACGUAGACGACUCCGACAAAACAGCCCCGAGCGAGAGUCAGUCUAAGAUUCAAACGAACAUAAUUCGAAUAUUCCAGCGUAAAAAUAAUAUAGUUGACAGUUUAUCUGUUUCUGAAAUUAAGGCUAAUCGUGUCCCUAAAGGUAAUGACCUGGCCUGAAAAAUGUAGCAUAAUUAUAUGUAUGUAUUAUAUAUGUGUGUGGGUGUGGCUAUUGUAUAUAUAUAUCACUUAGCAGAAAAGCGAAUUAGGCACACAUAGGUUUAACCACUUUCAGUACCAAAAAAGUUUAGAUUAAGUGAAACAUGUUAUUGUUCUGUAUAUCAUCGAGAAAUUCCAGGAAAAUGUAAUAUAUUUCACACUAUUUAUGGCUCUUAUUAAAUUCAAAAUAUUUUAUUUCUCUCUCUCUCUCUCUCUCUCUCUCUCUCUCUCUCUC